CUGGCCAGAGCCUAGCAGCUGUGGGGAGUUUCUCCCAGGAUCAGGGGCUCCAAUGUAACAUGCGCCCAAUGGGAAGCUGGUGCAUUAGUCUGGGCCAGUUACCAGGGCUCACCUUUGGGAUACUCCAGGCCCACUACGGAGAUCGCCAGCUGUAGCUCGUAAAAUCUAUUUGAAGCCUUCACUCCUUAUUCACUAUUUCCAGCCUUGUAGCUACAAAAUCAUUCUUUUCUCCUUUUUUUUUUUUUUUUAAUUCAUUUUUCUAAUCAAGACUUUUUGUGCAAAUUACCUUUUUAACAGCCAAUCUAAAACCAUUUUUUCCCAUUUUUUAAAAAAAAAAUAUUUACUUUUUGGAAUUGUUGAAUAUAAACAACAUAUACAAACUGUACAGAACUGAGAUUUUUUUUUGUUUGUUUUUCUGAUCACAAAUAUGGCGGCUUCCUACUGGGGACUUGUCAUGAAUGUUGUAAACAGCAUUGUUGGUGUUAGUGUGUUAACCAUGCCGUUUUGUUUUAAACAGUGUGGCCUUGUAUUGGGUACGCUGCUCCUUAUGUUAUGUUGCUGGAUGACGCACCAAUCCUGCACAUUCCUUGUAAAAUCAGCUAGUCUGACCAAGCGCAGGACAUAUGCUGGUCUUGCUUUCCACGCCUACGGAAAAGCUGGGAAAAUGCUUGUGGAGACCAGUAUGAUUGGACUUAUGUUGGGAACAUGCAUUGCAUUCUAUGUUGUAAUUGGAGACCUAGGGUCCUCUUUCUUUGCCCGUUUGCUGGGGCUUCAGGUAACAGAAGGUUUUCGCAUUUUCCUCCUCUUUGCGGUUUCACUGUGUAUUGUUCUCCCACUCAGUCUGCAGCGCAAUAUGAUGGCCUCCAUCCAGUCGUUCAGUGCGAUGGCGCUCCUUUUCUACACAGUAUUCAUGUUCGUGAUUGUGCUGUCCUCUUUUAAGCAUGGCCUGUUCAGUGGCCAGUGGAUGAAGCAAGUCAGUUACAUCCGAUUUGAGGGUCUCUUCCGAUGCAUACCUAUAUUUGGCAUGUCCUUUGCCUGCCAGUCCCAAGUACUUCCCACAUACGACAUCUUGGAUGAGCCCUCGGUGAAAACAAUGAGUUCCAUCUUUGCUUCUUCUCUAAACGUUGUGACUACAUUCUAUGUUUUGGUUGGCUUCUUUGGUUAUGUCAGUUUUACAGAAGCAAUUGCUGGUAAUGUGCUGGUGAACUUUCCUUCCAACUUAGUUACAGAGAUGAUCCGUGUGGGAUUCAUGAUGUCUGUGGCCGUUGGUUUUCCUAUGAUGAUCCUGCCUUGUCGGCAGGCCCUGAACACCCUCCUGUUUGAACAGCAGCAAAAAGAUGGCACAUUUACUGCUGGAGGGUACAUGCCACCCUUACGCUUCAAAGUCUUGACCUUAACAGUGGUGUUUGGCACCAUGUUGGGAGGAAUACUUAUUCCAAAUGUGGAGACCAUCCUUGGCGUGACCGGUGCAACCAUGGGGAGUCUGAUCUGCUUCAUCUGCCCUGCUCUCAUCUACAAGAAGAUUCAUAACAAAGGCUGGUCAUCACAGUUUAUUUUGGGCGUUGGCUUAGUCAUUCUCGUGAUCAGCACCUACACCACCAUGACAGUCCCAGAAGAAACACCAGCACAGGGGAAAUCUGAGUUGCUGGUCAAAGAGGGAUUGGAAGACGGAGAGAUUGAGCUGAAACAGAACAUUCCCAAAAUAUCAGUCCAGAAACCUAUAGUGGAAGAACCAGCUGAUGACCGGGACAAACCUAAAUUACCACCAAAGAAGGUAGAACAAGAACAGCCCCAGAUUAAAGGCCCUAUUGAUGUUCCACAGAAGGAGGAGGAAAAGAGGAAGCAAGAGGAAGUUCAACUGGACCGUCCUGAUCAAGGCAUUGCAAUUCCAGUUGGGGAGGCUCACAGACAUGAACCUCCUGUUCCACGGGAUGAAGUAGCUGUAGAUAUACGGAAGGACAACGAGGCAUCUGAGGAGAAGCAGCUCCCAGAAUCUGAACUUGAUGGUGCUCAAAGGGGUGAGAAAGUGGAGGAGAAAAUCAAUGUUAAAUUUGAAGAAAAAGAACCACUUCCUGUUCAGAAAGAAGAACAUGAACCUGCAGCACCUCAGCAGCCCCCCCAGGAGGAAGGGUUACCCAACAAGGAGCCAGAAAGACUCCAAGUGAAAGCAGAGCAGGAUGCCCAGCCGCCAAACAAAGAGCUGCAGGUAAACAGGAAAGCGGAGGAUGCUGUUAUGGAUGUUAAGGAGAAUCCAAAGGUUAUAGCAGGAGAUAUCGAUCUAGCUCUGGCUGAGAAAGUUCUGGAAAAACAGCUUAAGGAAGAUGAGAAAAAAGAGCAAGCACCUGCCAAUCCAGAAUUGGAGCAGCGUGAAGUGAGAAAUGCAGAGCUGAAGCCAGUAGACGAUCAAGAAGCUGAGCUUAGAAGGCUAGCAGAACACGCUGGAAAAGCAGAGCUACUGGAUCAUGCAAUUUUGUUACAAGUCAUCAAGGAACAGCAAGUGCAGCAAAAGCGAUUAUUAGACCAGCAGGAAAAGCUCUUGGAGGUGAUCAAAGAACAGCACAUGGAAAUCCACCAGGAACAGCAAGGUGACAAGCCAGAAGACCAUGUUCAGGACCAUUCCAGAAGUAAGGAAGACUUUAAGGGAGGAGUAGCAGAAAAAGAGCUAGGUAUUAACCAAGAGCCUGCACAGGCUAUGCAGAAGGAACAGCAGAGAAAGGAGGAAGAUAGAGAAGUCCUGCCUGUAUCUCCAAAAAAGGCAGUACAUGUAAAUACUGAAUUGGAGAAAGACAAAGGUCUGGAUGAUGGGGCAAAAGUUCAAGUGCCUGAAGUCAAAAAGAUUGAUGAUAAUCCUGUAGCGCAGAAAGUUGAGCCACAGCAGAAUGUAGCAGCAGUUGUUGUGCAGCAGACAGUUGGCAUGAAAAAGCAGCAAAUGCAGGAAUUCAAUGUACAGAAACCGGUGCAGCCAGAGCAGGAAACAUUAAAGAAACAUGAAAAAGAUCUCCUGAAAAAUGAAGAGAAUGUUAAACAGACAAAUGUACAUAAAGUAAGGGAAAAUGAUGUCUUGUCUCUGGAAAAGAUUGAACGGAUGAAGGAGCACCCAGCUUUACAUAAAGCUAAUGUGGUAAAGCUGGAAGUAGAAGGCUCAGAACAGAAAGCAGCACCAUUUGAGAAGAUACAGCUGCAAGAGGAGCAAGGUGUUAAAGAAGUAAAAGUUCAAAUGGUGGCUCAAGACCUGCAGGAUCAAGGUAAAAUCCUCAGCAUGCCGAAAGCACAAGCGGAUGGAGUGGAAGUGGCGAUACCAGUAGAAGCUGCUAAGCCUGCAAUGGAGGAAGAAAAAGUGGAAGCAAUAGAUGGCGCUGUGCCAGGUAAUGAGCAAGGCAAACCCAACAAAGACCUGAAGCUGCAAAAUGAUUUGGAUCUGAGAAGAAAGAAAAGAGAUCUUGGCAGUGAGGAACACAUUCAGGACAAUGGAGCUCAUAUAAUUGGCUACAAUUAUGCCCUCAACCCAAGAGGUAAUGACCUCCAUACAGCUCUAGAGACACAUCGUAAAGUGGUUGCUGAGGCAGGGCUACAUGUUUUCAGCCGACAAAUCAAGCAGGUAUCUGAGGCAAAGAAGAGAUGAGGGAAUACAAUGGCUCUGGAAAGAGGCUGCACAUGGUGUCCUCAUUGUGCUCGUCUUCCAGCCAGAGAAAGAUAGGGAAACUGUUUUAAGACAUAUGUCGUGGGGCAGCUGUGCUUUUUGCCCACUUGACUGAGCAAAUAUUUAAGAUACUAUAAAAUUUGACAGUCUUCACUCCUGUGAGGAAAAGGAGCCAUUGUGAUCUUUAUUUAGCCCAUGGGACACCUAGUGAAAUAAAUGGAUCUUUGUGAUUGCCCUGUACCAAACAUUACAUACUGUGUAUGACCAAAUGUCUCUCAGGUACUAAUAGCAGUAGCUGUUACUUCACUUAUACAAAUGUAGGGAAAGGUUCAUCAGCCACAAUCUGUCAUUUCUGUAAUGAGCAGACUGUCGCUAUGAUGGAAGAUAACACAAAUAAAUUCUUCAUUCUGUCCAUUACAGUGAUGUCACUGUCUGUUCUUACACUUAACUCCACUUGACCACACAGUAUUGCAUGCAGUGCUGUAACUGUUAGGAGUGAACUUGGUCACCUCCUAAUACCAAAUAACAACUCACAUUUUAUGAGAUGCAUUUAUUAAAGGUUCAAAUGCAUUUUUCACUUAUGAGGAAGGUAAUACUUCCAAACCUUGUGCCUUUUUUCCUAAUCUUAAUCCUUCUAAUAUCAUACAAUACAUACAGUAUGGCCACCAGACAUCUACUGACCCCUAAGAGCGAAGUUGCAAUGUGACAAAAAAGGAUUGUAAUUCUAGUUACAGUAGAUUUAUAACAUAUUACAAAGCCCAAAUGCUUUACACAAAUGUCAAAUACAGAUUGCUCUAUGAGGUGUCCUAAAAUUUCUGUCCCUCCAAAAUGCUAUAGAUUUUCACUUAUUUGAGGUAUUGAAUAAUGUUUGUGGCAAAUAUGCAGCUUAAGACAAUUUAAUAACUGAAGGUUUUUGAGAUAAAGAAGUGCUCAGGAGGGGAGAUGUUUUCCUGAGCACAUUAAAUUUUAGCUUCCCCAGUACACAGUAAAUGUGAAAUCUCAAAUAUCGUAACAUUUAACUGCAUACUUGUGAAUGUUAUUUGUAGCACUUUUAUAUAAGACAUCUUGCAUUUUUUGUUGCGUGGUCCUCUAGCCAAUCACAUUACAGAAUAACUCUCAACUGUCCUGAUUUGAAUACUCUCCUGCCAACCUGCUUGGCCAGGCAGUUGUGGAGGUAUUUCCCAUUCAUGGUUGCUCUGCAUAGUGUGGUAGUGAGAAUGGAGGGGAGCAGAGGUGAACAAGUUUGGCAUCCUUGUGCGUUGCAGUGUUAGGUACGCCACUGUGGGAAUGGACACACAUCCUGUCCACAUCUUCUUACACUGUUGGUCCACGCAAGUUUCCCAUUGUUGAUAUGGAUUAUGCUGAAAAUACGGUCUUACAAAUUGCAAUACUCCUAGAAGUUUUUACUGCCUGGUCUGCUGUAUGCAAGAUUCACCAACAUAAUACAGACUUGUAAUACCACAGGAAUUCGGUGUGUUUACAAACAAAGUAAGAUCCUCCAAAUCACAUCUCCCACAGUGACCGUUUGUUGAGGAUUUUGUAACAGAUGUACAUGGAACACACUUAAAUGGCUUUGAUAGAUAUUCUCAGGGAUUUUGGAUUUGUGAUUCCAUCAUAUUGCACUUCUUAUGGAGGAUGGAAUUUGCUUUUGUGUAAGUAACUGAAAUUUUUUUUUUCACUGCCUCAAAAAACAAACAAACCCAUUUCCGUUAAGUUUCCUGAUUAGCAGAAAAUUUCCACUUAAGAGCCCACAAAUUAACAGUUUGACAUUUAUAAACUCCAAAAAGCCCUGCAUUUAUCUCCCUAGAGUAAGUAUUAUUGUGCACUACUUAGGUUAAUUGCUCAGUUCAACAACCAUUUUCAGCUUCAUACUUGGCUGUGCUCUUUCCCAAGCUCCCUUGGGUAAUUGCAGGAAUAGUUUGAGAAAAAUACAUCAUGGCGAGAUGCUUCGAAAAGAAUGCUGUGGGAGGCAGCGACUGGCCCAUCCAUGGAUGAUAACUAAACUUUUAAUGCAGCAAAGUGAAAGAUAUUAUCUUUGUCAAUCGUUGUUUAAAUGCCCUGUGGUGUAUUUCUGUAUUAUCAAAGUAUGAGUACUUGCAUCCUGAGCUAACAGGUGCCAUUCAGUUCUGCUUACACUAGAUCUUUCAUCAAGCUCUUUCUGAAGAAGAAAUCCAACUAUUAAGAAGCUAAGUCAUUAAGGGAUUAGAGCCAUGCUGGUCUGCGUGUCUCGAAGGCUCUAUGGGUGGGCAAAAUCAAACUUAAUGACUGCAUAGUUCAUACAGGAAUGAUGAGGACUAUUAGCACCCCUGUAGUUGUAACUUUGCUACCUUAGUAUAUAAAAUUCCAUUGGAAUGCUUGCAUCAUUGGAUUCAAAAAUCCGAGCCAGUUAAUUUUAUGUUUUAAAUGUAUUUAUUUUUUAAAUCCAAAGGGAACUAUGUUUGCUAAUGGGAACAUAUUGGAGAAUAAGUCCUAGUGGGCAGAAGUUUUCCUACAGCCUAUGCACAGGGGUUCAGUAUGGAUUACCGGUGGGCGGGAUGCUGGCUUUCAAAAUCCCGACAGCGGCAUCCAGCCCGCCAGAAUGUCAGCAGCGGGGGGAGCGAUAAGAGUCCCACCGUGGGCUUGCUGUGCUCGCCACAGGAUCUAUUCCCACUCUAUGGACAAACAUACCAUAUGCAUCUGGCAUCCUGAUCCUUUUGGCUAUGACAUCUUGAUAUUCGUCCUGAAAAUACUGAAAAGGUUAAUAAAGAAGGUUUUUACUGGCUCCCCCUCCCCAGACACAGAAUAUCUUGUAACUAGGUGUCAAUUGUGGAUGUUCUGGCUUGUUUGACUGCCUUGUCUUUACAUAAACAAUUUGCAACUGCCAAA